AUGCCCGCCCAUGCUGUGUGGAAAUGGCGUGAUAUUGAUCAAGAAAUGACGCAGAGAACGAUACUGAGAUGGAUUUUGGCGUCAAUAAAGUUGUACUUGAAGAUGGGAGGUCAGGAGAACGUCAUCGCUCUGUGGCGAAAUCCAUAUAAUCAAUCCCAUAUGCUGCACUCUUUUCACUCAUUUUCCAUGGGCAGUGGUUGCAUCUUAGUGACCGAAUCCGCGAUUCUUCUUGCGUUUUCCUCUGGAUUUGGAAAUUGGCAGGUGUUUUUGAAUGUGCACCCAAUGGUGUACGUCGGGUUGAAGCGGUUUUUCCACCUAUGGGCGCGAUUGAGUCCACGCAACUCGGGGAACAUGCGAUCUUCCAUCUCAAUAAUUCCUGGAAUUCCUACAACCGACUUCUGGGAAAUUUUGCUUGAAGAACUCAGUGCGUGCAAUGACCAGUCGAAGGCUGACAUCUUGGGAUUAUAUAUCAAUGACCUCAAUCAACCCUUUGCUCCCCCUCGAUACAAGGCUCAAUUUCACUUGCAUAUGAGGUUCUCGGCGGAAAAUGAUGCUAAAGGUAUGCAAGUCACGACUGUGCGUGAUCCACCCAGCACUCAUGCGGCAACUCGGGCCGAUAGAUAUACAGUGAAGACGAAUGCCCAAGAACAGAUUGAUGGAUGUGAUGGCGUAAGGUGA